CGUGAGUGGAAGCGCUAGAAAAGAUACUUUCGCAGUAGGCAGCGCUUCAAAAUUUGCUUUCUUCGUAGACAAGUCUCGAAUUUUGUUAAGAGCGAUGAAACGAAACAGCCAAAAGAAUUCUAAAACAUCGUCGGCUAUGCAGACCACUCGAAAAGAUCCUAUAUUUACGGAGGAGGAUCGUGAGGCCGAAGCCAAACGUUUGGCAGCGUGCAUUUGUGAACGUAAGAACACAACAGUCCAAUGUUUGCGAUGUGGUCAUUUGUGUUUCGGCAGAAAAUUCCGUCCCUGCCCGUCGCAUCCGAAGGUCGCGUUCCUUUACGACAUCCGAACUUGUUCAACGUGUAUGGGACCGACGAAGGACCUGGAGGAACUUCCAAUCGACUAUGAAACUUAUCGGAAGCUGGCGCGAGCAGUUCCGACGCGUUUGUCUGUUUAACUAUGUCGCUUUGUUUCAAGUGUAUACUGCUAUCGAAUUAACGAAUUAACCUCGAAGUAACGAGCAUAAAUAAAGCCAGUUUUAUUAGUUUACUCUAACAAUAUUCUCGUUUAACUCAUGUAAGUGUGA